AUGGGGGAGCACUGGUCUGUCAGUGGGGGCCAUUGGCGGUCCAUACUGUUCUGUACUGCUCCGUACUGCUUGUCCUUACUGGUCCAUACUGGUCCAUACCGGUCUGUACCGGUCCAUACUGGUCCAUACUGUUCUGUACUGGUCCAUACUGUUCCACACCAGUCCGUACCGGUCUGUAAUGGUCUGUACUGUUCCAGUGGUCUGUACUGCUCCAUAUUGGUACAUACCGGUCCGUACCAGUCCUUACUGGCCCAUACUGGUCCAUACUUGUCUGUACUGUUCUGUACUGUUCUGCUCCAUACCAGUCCGUACCAGUCCAUACUGGUCCGUAAUGGUCCGUACUGGUCCAUACUGGUCCGUACUGCUCUGUACCAGUCCGUACUGCUCUGUACCGGUCCAUACCGGUCCAUACUGGUCCGUACCGGUCCGUACUGGUCUGUACUGGUCGGUACCGGCCCGUGCUGGCGCCCGCAGGUGAUCGUGCAGCGCUGCCUGGCCGCGCGCUCCCUGGGCCACGUCCGCGCCGGCUGCGUCGUGUGCGGGUACCUCAAAGUGCUGCCCAUGUUCCUCAUGGUGCUGCCCGGCAUGGCCGCCCGCGUGCUCUUCCCGGAGGUUGUGGGGUGCGCGGACCCCCAGGGCUGCCGCCGCGCCUGCGGGACCCCCGCGGGCUGCUCCAACGUGGCCUAUCCCCGCCUGGUGCUGCACCUCCUGCCCCCCGGCCUGCGCGGGCUGAUGCUGGCCGUGGUCCUGGCCGCCCUCAUGUCCUCCCUCGCCUCCAUCUUCUCCAGCGCCGGAGCCCUCUUCACCUUCGACAUCUACCAGCGCCUGCGGCCCCGCGCCGGGCCCCGGCAGCUCCUCAUGGCCGGAAGGCUGUGGGUGCUGGUGAUGUUGGGGCUGAGCCUGGCCUGGCUGCCGGUGGUGGAGGCGGCGCGGGGGGGGCAGCUCUUUGACUACAUGCAGGCCAUCACCAGCUACUUGGCUCCCCCCGUGGCCGCCGUCUUCUUCCUCGCCGUCUUCGUCCCCCGCGUCAACGAGCCCGGUGCCUUUUGGGGGCUGAUGGGGGGCCUGGGGCUAGGCCUGGCCCGUCUGGUGCCUGAGUUCAUGCUGGGGACGGGCAGUUGUGGGUCCCCCGGGCGCUGCCCCCCCUUCAUCUGUGGCCUCCAUUACCUGCACUUUGCUGCCCUCCUCUUCCUCGUCACCGGCAUCAUCGUCAUCGCCGUGUCCCUGUGUUCCCCCCCCAUCCCGCGACAGCAUCUCCACCGGUUGGUGUUCAGCCUUCGCCAUAGCCAGGAGCCACGCAUUGACCUUGACCAAGAGGAGCCCAAGGAUGGGGCUGGGGGUGUCCAGCUCCAGGAUGUGCAGGCAGAGCCAUGGGGCCAAGGGGCGGAGCCACCCAGCCAUGGGUCCUGGACCCCCGAAGACCCAGUGUGGAAGCGGGUGGUGGACAUCAACGCCCUGAUCCUGAUGGCCGUCAGUGUGUUCCUCUGGGGGUACUUUGCAUAGAACCCCCCUAAAGUGCCCCCAAAUGGACCUGAAACACCUCAAAGUGCCCCAAAAUACCUCCUCAAUGGCUCCAAACAACAUUAAACGUGGCCAAAUGCGCCCAAAGUGCCCCAAAA